AUGAGUGAAUGUUUGAAAUGUCAAGAACCAUAUUAUAAAUGCAUGAAAUAUGCAAUUAUUUCACACAACAUUGAUUUUGUUACAUUCUUGAUGAAUGAAUACAAUUUAGAGAUCAAUUUAGAUUAUUGCAUAGAUUAUAAUAAUCUCGAAUUAAUUUUGGUUUGCUUCGAUCAAACAAAUGAUAUUAAUAAAUGUUUAGUUAAUUCAAUUAUGCUUGGUAUUCCAUCCCUUUGUGAUUAUUUCUUAUCACAUGGUGCAAAUAUUAAUGAAAAAAAUAAAGAUGGACAAACAGUUCUUCAUAUUGCAGCAGAAAAAAUUAUUCAAAAAUAG